AUGUCGAUGACACUGGCAACCACGUGGGUGAGGAGAGGAGCCGCAGCGCAGUUUCCUACCAAGUAUCAAGUCGACGAGGCCGAACUAGGCCGGAUAUCGCAGCUUGCCCGCCUGCAACUAGAAGAUGCCCGAGAAGAUCUCCACGAGGCUCAGACCUCCGAGACUAAGAAGGACAAUGAUUCGGAUGACUCUGACCCUGAAAAUGGUGUGCCAACAGGCGAGGCUUCUGGAGCGAUCAAACACCCGAAGGAUGGCGGCAACGAUGACGACGAUCUAAAGGAGUACCAUCUCGAAGACUACGACGAAGAUCCUGUCGAUGAACAGGGCGAGAAUUUCGCCCUCUUCGGAAAUGUUAGCUCAUUGGCAUAUCACGCACCGCAUGAGCAAGAUCCCUACCUAGUUCUGCCUCCGGGUGAACAAGACUCGGAUGACGAAAGAGAAGAACUACAGGUACUGGCAACAGAUAACCUCAUCCUGGCUGCCAAAGUUGAGGAUGAAGUUGCACAUCUAGAAGUUCUGGUCUACGAGGAUGAUUCGGACAAUCUAUAUGUCCAUCAUGACAUCAUGCUACCUGCUGUGCCUUUGGCUGUAGAAUGGGUUGAUGUACCCGUUGGCAAAGAGGCGGGGACACGAACAUCAGGAAAUUUCGUUGCAAUUGGGACAAUGAGUCCGGAGAUUGAGAUCUGGGAUUUGGAUGUUGUGGAUAGCAUGUAUCCAAACGCAAUUCUUGGACAAGAGCCGGCCAACACUGACCAGAACGGCGAGGGCAGUUCCAGCACAAGGAAGUCGAAAAAGAAGAAAAAGAAGGUCAAGGCCAAUGAUAAAUAUCACGUCGAUGCCGUCCUUGCUCUCGCUGCCAAUCGGCAACAUCGCAACCUUCUCGCAUCAGCAUCAGCAGAUAAGACCGUCAAGUUAUGGGAUCUUAACACUGGAAAAUGCGCCAAAUCAUACACGAUGCACAAGGAUAAGGUGUGCGCUUUGGACUGGCACCCGACGGAAUCGACCAUUUUGUUGAGUGGAAGUUAUGAUCGUACUGUUGUUGCAACAGACAUGCGUGCGCCAGAUGCCAUAGCCCCGAAAUGGGUGGUCGAAGCUGACGUCGAAAGAGUACGGUGGAAUAUUCAUGACCCCAACUUCUUCUACGUCACUACGGAGGGCGGAACGGUGCAUUACUUUGACGCUCGGGAUGUGCCAACCUCCCAAGACAGCCCCAGUAAGCCGGUAUGGACCUUGCAGGCUCACGACAGUCCAGUCAGUGCCUUUGACAUCAACCCAUCAAUACCCGGAUUGCUUGCAACGGGCUCAGACGACAAGAAAGUCAAGUUGUGGAAUGUUCAGAAUAAUGUUCCCGGUUUGGUUGUGACACGGAAUCUCGAGGUCGGACGUAUAUUUGCAGCACAAUUUGCUCCCGAUCCCGAGGUUGCCUUCAGGCUCUCUGUCGCUGGGAGCAAAGGGCAACUUCAGGUCUGGGAUAUCAGUACCAAUCCCGCUGUACGGAACACAUUUGCGAGCAGAGUCAAGCUGCCUGAAACGAAUGGCGAGGAGCGACUUAUCGGAGUCAAUCAGGACGGUGAAGAAGAAGACGACGAAGACGAUAACGAAGGAGGUAUGGGUACAGCUCGGGAAGCACAGGACGGGUGGGAGUCUAUGGACGAGGAUUAA